GUGGCGUCACCUCCGACCUUUUUCCACACACUCCAUUACCACUGUACUUGGAAGCCUCACCUACCGGAAACCCCUUUCUUUACCGUUAUGCCCUCCAUUUCAGCCUCUCCUUAACUCCUUUAUCUUCUUCUACUCUCCAUCACUUUUUUUCCUCAUCACCACCGUCGCGUCAUCAUAUCUUCUUCCCAAAAGCAAACACACAGACAAAAGUAUGGCAACUCCACUUUUCACUUCAUCUUUCUUCUUUCUCUUACUCCUCCAUCUCACAGCGGCGCAGUCGUUUAUUGGAGUGAAUUAUGGGCAGGUGGCGGAUAAUCUGCCGGCGCCGGAGGCGACGGCGAAGCUGCUGCAGUCUACGUCGAUUGAGAGGGUGAGGUUGUACGGAGCGGACCCGGCGAUGAUCCGCGCGUUGGCCGACACGGGCAUCGGGAUUAUGAUCGGAGUGGCUAACGGCGACAUUCCGACGAUGGCUUCCGAUCCCGGGGUUGCCAAGAACUGGGUUUCGGCCAAUGUGCUCCCGUUCUUCCCGGCGAGUAAGAUCACGACGAUAAACGUCGGGAACGAGAUUCUGUACUCCGGCGACCGGAAUCUGAUGACGCAGCUCCUGCCGGCGAUGCAGAACAUGGAGAACGCGCUUGGUGCCGCUUCACUCGCCGGGAAAAUUAAGGUGUCCACGGUUCACGGGAUGUCGUUGCUGAGGUCAUCUGAUCCGCCGUCCUCCGGGAGCUUCGAUCCCGCCGUCACUGACUUGCUUAAAGGUCUGCUCGGGUUCAAUAACGCCACCGGGUCGCAGUUCUGGGUAAACCCUUAUCCUUUCUUCGCUUACCAGAGCGAUCCCCGCCCGGAAACCCUGGCAUUCUGUUUAUUCCAGCCCAACUCCGGCCGAGUAGAUUCCGGCACCAAAAUCAAGUACAUGAACAUGUUUGAUGCUCAGUUGGAUGCUGUAAGAUCUGCGCUGAACGCAUUAGGUUUCAAGGAUGUGGAGAUCGGAGUGGCUGAAACCGGCUGGCCAUACAAGGGAGAUAGCACCGAGGUUGGUCCUAGCAUUGAGAAUGCCAAGGCUUAUGUGGGGAACUUGAUCGCUCACUUAAGAUCGUUGGUUGGAACUCCAUUGAUGCCUAGGAAAUCGGUGGACACUUAUCUGUUUGCAUUGUACGACGAGGACUUGAAGCCUGGACCAACUUCAGAGCGCUCGUUUGGGCUCUUCAGGCCUGAUUUGACCAUGACCUUUGACGCUGGACUUUCAAAGACUGUUACGCCAGUAACUCCGGUGACUCCAUCGCCCAAGAGUGGCGCUUGGUGCGUGCCAAAGCAAGGCGUAUCAGACGCCCAGCUGCAAGCAAAUCUAGAUUACGUGUGUGGGCAAGGAAUCGACUGCAGCGCAAUCCAGCCCGGGGGACCAUGUUUCGAGCCAAACACAGUCGCCUCUCACGCUGCAUAUGCCAUGAACCUCCUCUACCAAACUGCGGGAAAGAACCCUUGGAACUGCGAUUUCUCGCAGACAGCCACACUCUCAUCAACUAAUCCCAGUUAUGAUGGUUGUACCUAUCCCAGUGGCAGUACCUGAUAAGCAUUAUAUUUACAAGUUUAUUAUACAUCAUCUUCAAGUUUCAAGCUAUGCUGUUAUAUGUGUUGUCUUUUAUAGUAUUCUUGUGCUUGUUGGAAAGGUAGAGUUUCCAUUAGCACGAAAUAAUUUAUAUGCAGAUUAGUUUCAACCUGUGGAAGAGGGAUUUCUUUCCCUUAAUCUGUAUUGCUUUUCAAGUGUUCAUACUUGUAUUUGAAGUUUAUGAGGUACAAUAAAUAAUUAAUGUAAAUAAAUAGUUUCUAUUUUUAAAAAA